AUGGCGGAUGUCGACGACGCGGACGCUCCUCUAGAUCCCAGGAUUCAGAUUGAAUUGGAAAAUUUAAAUAGUGCGACUGAUGAUAUCAACAAACUUGAGAUUGAACUUGAUGAAGCAAACAGUACAUUCAAACAACUUCUUUCGGAGUCAACGAAGCAAUUAGAAGAAUUUGUAAAUAAAUUAGGGCAGAGUUGUAUUGAAAAAGCCCGAUGUUAUUACGAAGCUAGUGAAGUUGCUCGUCAAGCACAAAUCCAAUGUCAACAUCAAGCACAUUUAUAUCAACGUGCAAGUGAAAUUCAUGCAGCAGCUAAAGAAACGGUCGCGUUAGCUGAAGCGAGAUUUAUAUCACACAGGCACGAGUGGAAUUUCGAUCAAGCAUGGCAGGAUAUGUUGAAUCACGCGACUAUAAAAGUAAUGGACGCAGAAAAUCAAAAAGCCGAGUGUGGAAGAGAGCACCACCGUAAAGCAGUUUUGUUCCACGACGCAGACAAAAAAGCCCAACAGCUAGAGGAGAAGUACCGGCGUGCGAUAAUAAAAGCUCGCCCGUACUUUGAGGUCCGUGCGAACUGCGAGCAGAAACUGGCGCAACAAAAGGAAAAGGUCCAGUGCUUGGAGAAGGCGGUGAAGGAGGCGAAGCGAGCGUAUGCGGAAAGCUUUCAAGCCUUGGAGAAAAUAAGCAACGAAAUACACCAGCAGAGGAGGGAGCUCUCCAUAAUGGUUAAUGGUCCACGCGAACCGGGUGUCGGCGCGGAAUUAAUUACGCCCGACGGCAGCUUGGAUUACAAAGACGAAUUGAAUAGAGUUACUGCCGGUAGAUUAGAUUCGCUCACCAGCGAGACUGAUUCCGAUGAGCGGGCGCGUGAUAUCGAGGAGAUCAAUGAGUUGAAAGACCGGAUGGAAAAUCUGUCAGCACGAUCAGUGGACGGCAGCGAGUCGACAUCAAGCCAGUGGGAGUUGGAACUACAAUCCGUACUAGCAAUAAAUAAUUACUCAAAAUCGUUAACUAGCAGCCCGGUUAACGCAUAUAGUUUCAAUAAUAAAAAAGACAAUCUUAGUAGUAAUAAUAAUAAUAAUAAUAAUAAUAAUAAUAAUAAUAAUAAUAAUAAUAAUAAUAAUAACGAUAUUAAUGAACUAACCGAAUUGAUCAACGAAUUGUCAGAUAAUCAAAAUAACUUAGACAAUAACGCAAAUGGUCUAAACAAUGAAUCUAAGGACAAUGUGCCAAGUAAUGUCUUUACUAAUAAUUCUGACGUCAGUUCAACGAGAGAACCUGAAAAAGAUUCUCAUGUCCAAGCUCAGUUUAUUGAAAGUCCAAAAAAGAGAGAACCGACUUGUAAAAUUUCAAGUGUUAAAGAACUGCCACUGCUUUCGAUCUUCAACAGGUCUAGUUCUCUGAGAAUGUCCAGAGAUCGCAGUUGCAGUAUGGUUAAUUUGGACGAUAAAAAUAAUAUUAAAUCCAUACUUGACAAUACUGAUUUGAAAAAUAUACAAGCGGUUAGUGUAGAAAGAUUAGCUUGUGCUCGUAAUAUUUUAAUGUCUGAUAAAUAA